AUGACCUCAGAAACAACCGCAGAAACGAUUGCCACAUUGAGCCAAGAGACCAACCAAUCCGUCCGAAACGCUGCUGAGGAGAGAAGAGCAACGAAGGUCCUCAUCCAAGAGACGAACGACAUCACUAAAGCAACGUACGAUACCGCGAAAGCCAUGCAACUCACGCCGCCCUCCAAGGCCUCAUACGCGUCGGUGUUGACUAGCAAUGCCGCGCCCCUUAGCAAACCAAUCACAAUAUCUACUAGACCUCGUCAUUCAUUCAAGCACAACAAAUACGGCCACAUAGGAACCCAGUGCAAAGCGAACAUAGCAUAUGGCUACUGUGCAGAAGCACACAACUCGAAAGAUUGCCCUACCAAGAUUGACAAGUCCGCCACGAGAAAGUGCGCGGUCUGUAAAGGAGCACACGAAGCUUGGAAUAAUCGGUGCCCCGUCCGGAAGACUGAGUUGAACAAGGUUAAGGCUGUAUAUAAUGCUCGACAACCGUAUCACUUUGUUCCAUCAGCGAAAGAGAAGCCAUCGAGUGAACGCGUCACCUUUAGUGUAACACCAGCGGAAUCGGCGGUUAUGAUGAACGGAAGCCAAAGAGGCAGGCUGAACACUACCUCUACGGGACUACUAUCGUCGACGCCUUCACUACUACCAAGCAGGCAGAGCUCCAGGAGCAGGUCUCCUGUCAAAGGCAGGGCGCCUAAAAGAGUCUACACGGGAGUCAGGGUAGAUAGUACGCAAGACGAGGGUGAGGAUACGAUUAUGGUGGAGAGCAGCCAGCGACCACGAAGACCACAUAUGCCCUCAAGACGAGCGCUAGAGUCAAAUACAGCGAACUCACUACAUAGCUCCCAAUGGAAUAUAGAAGAAUCAUGA